AUGGACGGCCUGGGGGAUGGCGAUGGCAUGGGCUUCGACCUGCAGCCUAUGAUGAUGGACCAGCAGUCGCAGUUCUUCGGCGGCUAUCCAAACGAUGGUUCCCACCUCCCCAUCUCUGCGGGGUCGAUGUCUGCGGACGAUGCGGCAUUGGCCGCGGGGGAUGAGACCAACGAUGCCAAACGACGACGUAUUGCCCGGGCUUGCGAUAUGUGCCGGAAGAAAAAGAUCAAGUGUGACGGCAGGAUGCCUAAGUGCUCGCACUGCAGCAACUAUAAGACGGACUGCAUCUUCACGCAGGUCGAGAAGAAGCGAAAUCCACCUAAAGGGGCCAAGUAUAUCGAGGGCUUGGAGAACCGUCUGGGCCGCAUGGAGUCGCUUCUGCGGUUGUCCGGGCUAUUGUCCGAAGACGACAACGGAAAGACAGAUCUAGGUACGCUAGAAAAACGACUGGCCGACCGAACGAACGCUUUGAAUGCGGCGAGAAAUGCGAAUAAGUUUCCUGUUCCGAAUGCAACCCAGCACCAAGCUGCCACCUCUCACAAUACCACGCCACGCAUGGACUCCCAGUCCAGCCCGCGGACAGCCGCGACAUCUCCCGAAUCCCAGAAGGAGUCCGAGACGGAGGUGGAGGCGCUGUCGGACAUGAUGUGCUCUCUCGUGACGAACAACUGUGGUGAAACACGAUACAUUGGCUCUUCUUCUGGGUUCUCUAUUUUCUCUCCGAAGGGCAUCCAAUGGGUCAAUGAGAAGACCGGCGACACUUCGUUCCAAGACAUGAUCUCCUCAGCGUACGUUGAUGACAAUAAGUGGAUGUACUGGAAACCGGAGAUAUUCAGCGACAUCUUUGCUCGGCGCGUGUUCAAGCCGCUUCCUCCAAAGGAGGAGGCCUUGUCUUUGUUCAAGGAUUUCUUCGAGAAUUUUAAUUGCAUGUUCCCGCUUUUCCACGAAGCGACAUUCAUGCACCUCGUCGAGCAGCAGUACUCGCGUGACCCUUACGAAGGCUCUGGGUGGUGGGCAAGCAUCAAUGUCGUCUUGGCUAUUUCACACCGACUGCGCGUAAUGAGCAACUUAGUCCCGCAUGAAGAAGACAAGAAGGCGUGGUUAUAUUUGAAAAAUGCCAUGGGUGUUCUGACUGAAUUGACGAUGCGGAACACUGAUCUCUUGAGUGUUCAAGCACUGUUGGGCAUGUCCCUAUUUCUUCAAGGCACACCCAAUCCUCAACCUGCUUUCUUCCUUGUCGCUGCUGCUAUUCGUCUCUCACAUAGCAUCGGCCUGCACAAACGUGGUUCGAGCUUUGGUUUGAACCCGGUGGAGGUUGAACAACGCAAGAGAGUCUUUUGGAUUGCCUACUGCCUGGAUAAGGAUAUUUGUCUGCGCUCCGGUCGACCCCCAGUACAGGAUGAUGAUGACAUGAACGUGGAACUUCCGAGUGAAGACCCCCUGACAAUAUCAUUCUGUGAAUUUGCCACUAUUGAGAGCAGAGUUUACAAGAGGCUUUACUCGGCAAAGGCCUCUAAACAAUCUGAUGGCGAACUGCUUAACACAAUUGGCGAGCUGGACAAAGAGCUAGAAGAUUGGAAAGACAGCAUUCCCAUCGACUUUCGGCCUGAAUAUGAAAUUCAAGCGACACAUGGACCCCUCCUCAUCCAUGUCGUUGUCCUCCACUUCGCGUAUUACAACUGUUUGACCACGAUCCACCGGAUGUCCGUACACCACGGCUAUUGGACCAGUCGUCUAUCCAAUUACGCAAUACAGGGACUGAACGCUAGGCCUUUGAAUCCUCGAGUCUUCUUGUCCGCUGUUCUCUGUGUGACAGCGGCUCGAGCAUCAAUCAACCUGAUCAAGUAUAUUCCCCAAGGGGACUUUGCCUGCGUAUGGUUGAUUCUCUACUAUCCGGUGUCAGCAUUAGUCACUCUCUUUGCCAACAUCCUCCAGAACCCGAACGAUGCACGCGCUCGUUCUGAUGUUAAACUCAUGAAUGUCGUGGUUAACUUCCUUUCCACUCUGGUCUCUGAUGAAUCCAAUGGUAGCAUCACACGCAUGCUUGGACUCUGCGGAGAAUUUGAGCGAAUUGCCAAAGUCGUCCUCGACAAGGCGGAGAAAGAGUCCCAUGCGCGCAAAAAGCGGAAGACUGCACCAGACGACUCUACCUCGUCACAGCGGGAGCCAAACGAAGGGCAACGACGCCCCCAACCAGCCACCAAACCUUCGCAAACACAAACCUCAUCUACCCCUUUCUCACCGUCCAUGUUUACCAAUAACCCCCCUGCUGGGGCAUCUUCGCCCAAUGGAGCCAAGGCCUUCAGCACGGACUCUACCAUGCCUCCCAGCACUGGUAUACCUAGCGACCUGCCAAGUAAUAUUCACGCAAUGUCAGGUCUUGGACAAGACUUUCAAGACAUACUCAGCCCGAAUCAACUGGGUAAUUCCGGAUUCCCUGAUCAAGCAUCUUUCGGAGCUCCUAGCCCGAAUAUUGGACCCUUUCAGCAACCGUUCGUUCCACAAGAUCUAUGGCAAAUGCCAAUGACAAUUGAGUGGGAUUGGGCAGACAUGUCGACCAAUUUUCCUGUCUUUGAAGCCGGAGUCGGUGCUAAUGGCCAGCAUCCGCAAUAA